AUGUCUCUUCUUCCGCCGGACCUGGUUCUUGAGCUCUCGCAGCUCCUGCAGGCGCUGCAGUCGGCCGACAACACUGUUCGGUCACAGGCCGAAGACCACCUCCAGAACAAUUGGACUGUCCCGCGCCCAGACGUGCUGCUGAUGGGCCUUGCUGAGCAGGUUGGCAGUCAGGCAUCGAAUAGUUUCCGCUCUUUCGCCGCCGUCAUUUUCCGGAGAAUCGCGUCCAAGUCGCGCAAGAACGAGCAGGGCGAUACCGUCGAGAUCUUUAUUGGCCUGCCGACUGCACAGUCGGACGUCAUUCGCCAGAAGCUGCUUGAGGUUUUGGCUGCCGAGACCGACCGCAGCGUCCGAAACAAGAUCAGUGAUGCCAUUGCCGAGGUCGCGAGACAGUACACAGAAAAUGACCAGCCAUGGACUGAGCUUCUGCAGAUCCUCUUCCAGAUGAGCAUGGCUCCCGACUCUGGAAAGCGCGAAACCGCCUACCGCGUCUUCACGUCAACGCCGGGCGUUAUCGAGAAGACCCACGAGGAUGCCGUCGCCGAAGCCUUCUCCCGUGGAUUCAAGGACGAAUCUGUCUCGGUCCGUAUUGCAGCUAUGGAGGCGUUUGCGUCUUUCUUCCGUGGCUUGAAGAAGAAGAGCCAGCCCAAGUUCUUCGGCCUCCUUCCGGAGAUGCUUAACAUCCUUCCUCCGAUCAAGGAGUCGCAUGACUCCGACGACCUCGGCAACGCCCUCAUCGCCCUGAUCGAUCUCGCGGGCAUCUCUCCCAAGAUGUUCCGCCCUGUUUUCAACGUCCUGGUCAAGUUCAGCGUCUCUGUUAUCCAGGACAAGGAGUUCACCGAUGGCUGUCGCCAGAACGCGCUCGAGCUGAUGGCCACAUUCGCCGAUUAUUCGCCGUCGAUGUGCAAGAAGGACGAAACUUACACGAGUGAUAUGAUUACGCAGUGCCUGAGCCUCAUGACCGACCUGGGCGAGGACGACGAUGAUGCCGCCGAGUGGCUCGCCGCCGACGAUCUCGACCAGGACGAGAACGACUCCAACCACGUGGCUGGUGAGCAGUGCAUGGACCGUCUCGCGAACAAGCUUGGCGGUGCUGUGAUUCUGGCGCCAACGUUCAGCUGGCUGCCGCGCAUGAUCGGCUCCACGGCGUGGCGUGAUCGCCAUGCUGCGCUCAUGGCCAUUUCCGCCAUCUCCGAGGGCUGCCGCGAUCUGAUGCUCGGCGAGCUGCAGCAAGUUCUCAACCUGGUCGUGCCUGCCCUCAAGGACCCCCACCCGCGAGUUCGCUGGGCCGGCUGCAACGCCCUGGGCCAGAUGAGCACCGACUUUGCACCCACCAUGCAGCGGGAGUACUACGACGCCGUCCUCAAGACGAUUAUUCCCGUGCUUGACUCACCCGAGGCUCGCGUGAAGUCGCAUGCCGCCGCUGCCCUGGUCAACUUCUGCGAAGAGGCUGAGAAGAGCGUUCUGGAGCCAUAUCUGGACGACCUCCUGAGUCAUUUGUUCAACCUGCUGCAGAGCGACAAGCGCUACGUCCAAGAACAAGCCCUCUCUACCAUUGCGACAAUUGCCGACGCUGCCGAGCAGGCCUUUGGCAAGUACUAUGACACCCUCAUGCCGCUUCUGGUCAAUGUUCUGCGCCGGGAAACCGAGAAGGAAUACCGGUUGCUGCGCGCCAAGGCCAUGGAGUGCUCUACUCUGAUCGCUCUUGCCGUCGGCAAGGAGCGCCUCGGCAACGACGCCCUGGAGCUGGUGCAGCUUCUCGCCAACAUCCAGAACGGCUUGACGGAUGCCGACGAUCCGCAGGGCCAGUACCUGAUGCACUCGUGGGGCCGCAUGUGCCGGGUCAUGGGCUCCGAUUUCAUGCCGUUCCUACCGACCGUUAUGCCGCCGCUGCUGGUGCUUGCCAGUGCCAAGGCCGAUAUCCAGCUGCUUGAUGACGAGGAGCAGGCUGACCAGCUGCAGCAGGAGGACGGCUGGGAGUUGCUGCCGCUCAAGGGCAAGAUGAUUGGUAUCAAGACCAGCAGCAUGGACGACAAGCACAUGGCCAUCGAGCUUCUUGUUGUGUACGCGCAGGUCCUGGAGGCCGCCUUUGCGCCCUACGUCGCGGAGAUUAUGAAGGAGAUUGCCCUCCCGGGCCUGGCCUUCUUCUUCCACGACCCUGUGCGGUUUGUGUCUGCUCGCCUCGUGCCGCAGCUGCUGAACUCAUACAAGAAGGCGUUCGGCUCCCAAUCAAACGAGAUGACGGCCUUGUGGAACAGCACGGUGGACAAGCUUCUCGAGGUUCUCACGGCCGAGCCCGCUAUUGACACCCUGGCCGAGAUGUACCAGUGCUUCUAUGAGUCGGUCGAGGUGCUUGGCCGGGCGUGUCUGACGGCAGACCACAUGAACAAGUUUAUUGACUCUGUUCAGUCGACCCUGGAAGACUACCGUGAUCGGGUUGUGCAGCGUGAAGAGGACAAGCGGAACGCGACGGCCGAGGACGCCGAGGACGAGGACGAGGAUCUCCUACUCGCCCUCGAGGACGACCAGACGCUGCUCUCGGACAUGAGCAAGGCAUUCCACGUUGUGUUCAAGUACCACGGCUCCGACUUCCUGCGGCCAUGGGAGCGGCUGAUGUCGGCGUACGAGACGUUCCUGAAGUCGGAGGACCCGAGCCAGCGCCAGUGGGGCCUGUGCAUUAUGGACGACGUUAUUGAGUACUGUGGCGCCAACAGCAUCCACUAUGCGAACUACAUCACGCAGCCCCUCCUUGACGGCUGCAAGGACCCUGCGCCUGCGAUCCGGCAGGCGGCUUCAUACGGUAUUGGCGUCGCAGCCCACCGUGGUGGCGAGGCUUGGGCGCCGUUCCUGGGCGGCUGUGUGCCGUUCCUGUUCCAGGCCACGGUGGUCCCCGACGCGCGGAACGAGGACAACGUCUACGCAACAGAAAAUGCGUGUGCAGCUAUUGCCAAGAUCCUGCACUUCAACGCCAGCGCUGUCCAGAAUGUCGAUGCCGUUGUUACACAGUGGGUCGGCACGCUCCCUGUCGUGAACGACGAGGAGGCAGCUCCUUAUGCCUAUGCCUACUUGACGGAAUUGAUUACCAAGCGUCACCCGGCUGUCAUGUCACAGACUGAUAAGGUAUUCACGUUCAUUGCCCAGGGCCUUGGCGCAGAUGUGCUUCGGGGCGAGACGGCCAAGCACGUGGUGGAGGCGACGAAGGUGAUGCUGGCCGAGUCUGGCCUCAACGCGACACCGCUGUUGCAGCAGUUUCCCCAGGAGCUGCAGCAGACCAUCAGCGCUUACUUCACGUAA